AUGACACCCCUACCCCACUAAGAGCCCAAAACCCUCCGCCUCACGCUCCCUCUGCAUCAUUUGAACGGAGUCUCCCCUCCCCACGAUAACCCUCCUCUCUCUCUCUCUCUCUCUCUCUCUCUCUCUCUCUCAUGCUAUUCACCAUUAUUGCUGGAUUCGUGGGGUAUUAUAUCAACUAUCCAUCCAGUGAAGGCCGCGUUCCGAAUCUCAGAGGCAGAUUUGUCUAAUUUUGCUGGUGCAGAUCGAUUGAUUAUACAUACACCUAAGAAGAUGAAGUUAAGCUAUGCUGAUUUUACCAAACCAAGUUUUCUGCUUGUACAUUCAGAAUUUUCAGCUCUCACAUUCCAUAAGCCCUGGUUAAUUCCUGCAUUAACCAAUCGUUUCCCAAGUAAGAGUGUAGGCAAAACUAGAUACAUUACGGCAUUUCAAUGCUCUGUUGCCCCUAGUAAAUCAUAUGCAUCCAGUUCUGUGGAUUCGUCUUUGUCCAAACGAGACACCGUGCGUUUGCAUCCGAAACAAGAGCGUUCCUCAUCCUUAUAUAGUCGACCCAGUUUGUCACAGAUGAAGAAUGAGAGGAUGGAAAACCGUGCCCGGGUUUAUGAAUUCUUGAGGGGGAUUGGCAUUGUUCCCGAUGAACUUGAUGGUUUGGAGCUCCCUGUGACUGUUGAGGUCAUGAGGGAGCGAAUUGACUUCCUGCACAAAUUAGGGCUUACAAUUGAAGACAUUAACAACUACCCCCUUGUUCUUGGCUGCAGUGUGAAGAAGAACAUGAUUCCUGUGCUUGAUUAUCUUGGAAAGUUGGGCGUUUGGAAGUCCACUUUUACAAAUUUGUUGAGGAGAUACCCGCAAGUCCUCCAUGCCAGUGUUGUGGUUGACCUUGCACCUGUUGUCAAGUUUCUUCAAGGUUUGGAUAUUAAGCCGAAUGAUAUACCUCGGGUUCUUGAGAGAUAUCCGGAGGUUUUGGGAUUUAAGCUUGAGGGAACAAUGAGUACAUCAGUGGCUUUUUUGGUUGGAAUUGGUGUUGCAAGAAGAGAAAUUGGAGGCAUUUUAACUAGAUACCCAGAGAUAUUGGGGAUGCGAGUAGGCCGUGUGAUCAAGCCAUUUGUGGAGUUUCUUGAAAGCUUGGGCAUCCCAAGAUUAGCUGUGGCUAGAUUGAUUGAGAAGCGACCUCACAUUGUUGGAUUUGAGCUGGAGGAAAGGGUGAAACCAAAUGUUGAUUUCCUUGUGGAAGUUGAAGUGAGAAGAGGAUCACUUGCUUCUGUGAUUGCCCAAUAUCCUGAGAUUAUAGGAAUUGACCUGAAGCCAAAGAUUCUAAGUAAUAGGAGUUUGCUUAAUUCAGUUAUUGAUUUGAAUGCUGAGGAUUUUGGGAGAGUGGUUGAGAAAAUGCCACAGGUUAUUAGCCUUAAUCAUAAACCCAUGUUGCAGCAUGUGGAUUUUCUCAAGGAUUGUGGCUUGUCCUCACAACAAGUGAGGAAGAUGGUUGUUGGCUGCCCCCAGUUGCUUGCUUUGAAUCUUGAAAUCAUGAAACUUAGCUUUGAUUUCUUCAAAACAGAAAUGGGAAGGGAUUUGGAGGAUUUGGUUCUAUUCCCAGCGUACUUUACUUAUGGUCUGGAAUCUACUAUAAAGCCAAGACAUAAAAUGGUUGCAAAGAAGGGGUUAAAAUGUUCUCUUGCAUGGCUGCUUAAUUGCUCUGACGAGAAGUUUGAAGAUCGGAUGAACUAUGACUUUAUUGACACGGAAGAGAUGGAAACUGAGUCAUCAUUCAACAUGAAUACUUUGAUGGAGCCAAGGGCGGAUGAUUCAGCUUCUGAUGAAGAUGACAGCGAUUAUGAAUAUGUAUAGAAUGAUGAAUGAAAGUUAUGCAACAAUCUUGUCCUUUUCAGACUAAUUGUUCUUGCGCAGAUUUGUAAUAUUGCAAUCUUUAGAAGGUGUGAGGUACACAAAACCGGCAUUUGUUUUCCAGCCAGACCCCAGUGCAAUGAAAAUUUGGGUGGGAAUGUUGGUUUGAGUCAUAUGUAAAGGUAGACUACUGUUACUCAUGAGGGGAUGCCAUUGUAUCAAAUGCCACUUCAAUUAAGUUCAUUUCUGCAAAAUUCUCUUGUGUGUCGUCUUAUCCAUAUUAAGAAUGCAGGUCCUGUUUCAGGUCACUCAUUGCAUUUUGAUGUCAAAUGUAAUACAUUUAUCAAAUUUUGUGAUUCUUAAUAAAAUUUUCUGUUAGUUCUACA